AAAAAUAUUUUCUAUAAGUAACACCAUUUUUUUAAUCAAAACCCAAAACACACCCCACUUCCAAAUCUAGGGUUUCUCCUUCAUUUCCCCGAUUCAAAACACUCUUUCUCAGACUCUCGAGGGUUUUAAAUCUCUCUCCCGCAAUCUCUCCCAUAUCUCUCUCCUACCCACGAAAUCUCUCCCAAAUCUCUCCCGAUCUCUCCGCUCUCUCCCGAUCUCUUCCGCUCCAAUGGCCGCAAUCCAAUCCUCCCCCUACUCUAAAACCGAGAGCUAUGUCGACAACAAACGCAAGGACGACAUCCGGAUGGCCAACAUUAACGCCGCCCGGUCCGUCGCCGACGCCGUGCGCACAUCUCUCGGCCCCAAAGGGAUGGACAAGAUGAUCUCCACCGCCUCCGGCGAAGUCAUCAUCACCAACGACGGCGCCACUAUUCUCAACAAAAUGGAAGUCCUCCAGCCUGCUGCCAAGUUCCUCGUUGAGCUCUCGAAGUCGCAAGACAUCGUCGCAGGAGAUGGCACCACCACCGUCGUAGUCAUCGCCGGCGCUCUCCUCAAACAAUGCCAGACUCUCCUUUCCGCCGGCGUCCACCCGACGGUAAUCUCGGAAGCUCUACAUAAAGUUUCGUUGAAAUCGAUUGAUGUUUUAACUGCUAUGUCUGUUCCGGUUGAGUUAUCCGAUAGGGAGAGUUUGAUUAAGUCAGCAAGUACUAGUUUAAAUAGUAAGGUGGUGUCACAGUACUCGAGUUUGUUGGCCCCUUUGGCUGUUGAUGCGGUUUUGAAUGUCGUGGACCCGGUGAAACCGGAUUUAGUUGAUUUGAGGGAUGUCAAGAUUGUUAAGAAGCUAGGCGGGACGGUUGAUGAUACUGAGUUGGUUAAAGGGUUGGUUUUUGAUAAGAAAGUUAGUCAUGCUUCAGGUCGGUUGACUAGGGUUGAGAAUGCAAAAAUUGGGGUGAUUCAGUUUCAGAUAUCACCUCCUAAGACAGAUAUUGAGCAGAGUAUAGUGGUGAGUGAUUAUACGCAGAUGGAUAGGAUUUUGAAGGAGGAGAGGAAUUAUAUUUUGGGGAUGAUUAAGAAGAUUAAGGCGACGGGUUGUAAUGUGUUGUUGAUUCAGAAGAGUAUUUUGAGGGAUGCGGUUACAGAGUUGUCAUUGCAUUACUUGGCGAAAGCGAAGAUUUUGGUGGUUAAGGAUGUGGAGAGGGAUGAGAUUGAGUUUAUUACAAAAACUUUGAAUUGUUUGCCAAUUGCAAAUAUUGAGCAUUUUAGGGCUGAGAAGUUGGGGUUUGCAGAUUUGGUUGAGGAGGUUUCGCUAGGGGAGAGGAAGAUUGUUAAGAUUACUGGGAUCAAGGAGAUGGGGAGGACGACUACGGUGUUGGUUAGGGGGUCAAAUCAGCUGGUUCUUGAUGAGGCGGAGAGGAGCUUGCACGAUGCUUUGUGUGUUGUGAGGUGCUUGGUGAACAAGAAGUUUUUGAUUGCUGGAGGUGGGGCGCCUGAGAUUGAACUUUCGAGGCAGUUGGGUGCUUGGGCUAAGGUGUUGCAGGGUAUGGAAGGUUACUGUGUGAAGUCGUUUGCUGAGGCUUUAGAAGUUAUUCCGUAUACUCUGGCUGAGAAUGCGGGUUUGAACCCAAUUCUCAUUGUAACUGAGCUUCGCAACAGGCAUGCACAGGGGGAGAUCAAUGCUGGGAUUAAUGUCAGGAAGGGACAAAUUACCAAUAUCUUGGAGGAAAAUGUUGUGCAGCCUCUGCUAGUGAGCACAAGUGCGAUUUCUCUGGCGACAGAAUGUGUGCGAAUGAUCUUGAAGAUUGACGACAUUGUAACAGUGAGGUAGAUUUGAUCAUAGCAUGGGAAUGAUUGCAUGAAAACUGUUUAUGGUAUUGUCUCUUAAUAUCUUUCUGUCUUUAAUGUUUUAGUUGCUUUGCCAUUUUGUAAGAAACUUUGCUAGAUGAAUUUUGACUCGUUUGUGGUGAUGUGGUCACUUUAGCAUUAUUAGUUAUGUUGGCUCUUCUUUUUUUAAGGUUAUGAUGAACACUGUAAUAUCAGUACACUUAUAUUAUUAUUUUGUUUUGCUAUGCAUUAUUAUGUUUGGAUA